GAAAGUGUGAGUCACAGAGAGUCCGCGUAUCGCGACAAAGGUAGGGGAGGGCCGUCGCCGCAGCCGUAUUUCGCAUCCGAGUGUCCCUCGCAACUCCCAACUCUCGACUCGUCGCACUCGAACGUCAGUCGUAUAAAGUAAUACAGUCCCACUGGUUUGUUCAGUAAGUGGACCGGGAAUCUGUGUCUCUUAGUGUUCGUAGCUGAUAGUUAAUAUUUUUCAAAAAACCGUUGUGCUACAAAAAUGAGCUGGCAGGAUUACGUUGACAAGCAAUUGCUCGCUUCGAGAUGUGUUACCAAAGCAGCUAUAGCUGGACACGACGGAAACCUAUGGGCCAAAUCCGAAGGUUUCGAAGUGAGUAAAGAGGAGCUGGCAAAGUUGGUCCAGGGCUUCGACAAACAAGACAUUCUGACGUCAUCGGGCGUGACCUUGGCGGGCAACAGAUAUAUCUAUUUGUCGGGUACAGAUCGUGUGAUAAGGGCGAAAUUAAACAAGGUCGGCGUGCACUGCAUGAAGACGACGCAGGCGGUUGUAGUUUCCCUGUACGAGGAUCCAAUUCAGCCGCAACAAGCAGCUUCGGUUGUUGAAAAACUUGGAGAGUACCUUGUGUCCUGUGGAUAUUAGUAACCUGCGGAAACCCCUCUCCCCCCCGCCCACACCCCCGCGAUACACAAAUAUCUAAUAUUAAUGAUAAUGAUACGGUCGAUUAUUUUAAUGACAGCGAAUGAGAUGCGCCAAAAGCCGCAUGGGUCGCCCCGCGAGACUGCAGCAGCUGCCCAGCCUGCCUCUUCAUAUUCUUCUACGUUUUUUUUUUCCCCGCCCCUACAUUUCCACCUUUCCCUAUCUUCCUUAUCGUUCUUUUUAUUAGUUUUAACACUAAACUCUUCUUCUACUUCUUGUUCUUUUUCUUCUUCUUCUACUUCAUCUACUUCAUCUUCUUCUUCCUAUCAACGUCGAUGGUGAUGAUGUAACGGACAGAGACCAGCGGAGGAAACCGGCAAGACAUACGACGAUUAUAAGAGAGAGAGAGAAAAAAAAAAAGCAACUAAACCAACUACAAAUUACAUCUCGUAUUUUAUAUAUUGUACAAUGACACGUCCGACACGAUAAUUUCAAAUAAUUCGAUUCAACCGACGAAUUCCACACACGCAGCCGCACGCAUUACGUACCCACACGUGUACACGUUGUAUCAUCGCAUCUAUGCGUGUGCGUGCGUAUCCAUUUUAUAUAUAAAUAUAUAUAUAUAAUAUGUAUACAACAUUUAUACCGAUGUACCACACGUCUCUCCAUAUUUUAUCUAUAGGAAGAAGAAAUCGAUCACACCCACCCACCCACCUACCCACUCCACACUAACUCAUUCAUUCGAACACACAACGUUACACACCACACACCACACACACUUACUUACUUAUACAUAUACCUAAUAAUUAAUUAAUUAAUGAAUGAAUGAUGCAAUUAAUUAAUUGUUCGAUUGAUUAAUGAUUAAUAUUAUCAUAGCGGAAUUUAACGAAAGAGAGAAAGAUGAAAAAAAAAACUUUGAAAUUAAAGAAAAAAAAAAAAAAAAAUUGAAACACAAUUAGCUCGCCAUUUUUACUAUUAUAUACAAACGUCUGUAAAACAAUAUGUGUAACAUUAUAUACUCUGAAUGGCAUCGUGUGCAAUUGCAGAGUCAGCAAAAGUAUGCAUGUUGUAAAAAAAAAAAAGAAAGAAAAAAGGAAUAAAAAAAAAAACAAUAAAAAAUUAAAUGACAUGGAAUAUGAAAAAUGAAAUGAUAAUAAUACCACUGAUAUACUGUAACAGCAAUAUAACGAUGUAAUUGAGGCAUAGGAAAGGUACGGUAUCGCGUUAUUGGUUCCUUUUGAAAAAAAAAAAAACAAGAAAAAAAAGCAAACUGAAGAAAGGGGGGAAAAAAUUACUCACUUUUCUCGCUCUUCGAUCGAAAUCAUUGAGGUGAGGGAUUAUUAAUUUUCAACCUCAGCGGAUUGACUCUUCUGGUUUUCACGAUUAAGCGAUCUGAACUGGAAGAGCAGGGAGAAAUUCACGUUACCGCAGUGGGUGCACACGAUGAUGAAUGGAAGGGAGAUAAUAAAGAGGAUAAAAAUUUUAAAACACCGAGAACUGAUAUAGGGAACAAAAGUGAAGAAAAGAGUUGAGAAAAAUAGUUGUGGGAAGGCAAUGCACGCGCGCUUCUUAAAACGAUAAGAUUAACAAUUAUAAGUGAACAAUCUUUUGACGCGACAAAUAAAUAUGUACAUCAUAUAAUAAUACGAUUUAUAUAAGCAUA